AGACCUUUUAAGUUUCAAGUUUCACCUCCUCCUCUAACUUGUUCGACCACCUUCUUCUGGCGAUCUCGCAACACUUUGCAAUUGCAAAGCCCCCAUUUCCCACCCUUUUCCACAUCUCCCUCCACCCGUCCACCACUUUCUCUCUCCUCCCCCCUCACUUCACCCUCUCUCUACUUUCCGCCAUUAAAAUUCUUCCUUCCAUCAAAACUCUACUAUUUCUCUCUCCUCACAUCAAUGACUGUCAUGACUCCCGCUCCUAUUGACCAAGAAGAUGAUGAGAUGCUUGUCCCACAUUCUGAUGUAGCCGACAAUCAUCAGCCAAUGGAAGUCGUUGCACAAGCUGAACCUGCUAAUAAUUCCGAGGCUCAACCUGCGGAGGAUCCUCCAUUAUCCAGGUUUACGUGGAAAAUCGAGAUGUUCACUCGGUUGAACGCCAAGAAACACUAUUCGGAAGUGUUCGUCGUUGGUGGUUUCAAAUGGCGAGUACUUAUUUUCCCCAAGGGGAACAAUGUGGAUUACCUGUCUAUGUAUCUUGAUGUUGCCGAUUCUCCGAGUUUGCCGUAUGGGUGGAGUAGGUAUGCACAGUUCAGCUUAGCUGUGGUCAAUCAAAUUCACAACAAGUAUUCUGUGAGAAAAGAUACGCAGCAUCAGUUUAAUGCCCGGGAAAGUGAUUGGGGCUUUACAUCUUUUAUGCCUUUAAGUGAGUUAUAUGACCCCAGCAGAGGAUACCUUGUAAAUGAUACUGUUCUUGUGGAGGCUGAGGUUGCUGUUCGUAAGAUUGUGGACUAUUGGUCCUAUGAUUCGAAAAAGGAGACUGGAUAUGUUGGACUGAAGAAUCAGGGAGCCACAUGCUACAUGAAUUCUCUACUCCAGACACUUUUUCACAUUCCUUAUUUCAGGAAGGCUGUGUAUCAUAUGCCCACAACUGAGAAUGAUAUACCAUCUGCAAGCAUUCCUCUGGCUCUCCAGAGUUUAUUUUACAAGCUUCAAUACAGUGACAGCAGCGUUGCAACAAAAGAAUUGACCAAAUCUUUUGGAUGGGAUACUUAUGACUCAUUCAUGCAGCAUGAUGUGCAGGAGCUUAAUAGGGUUCUUUGUGAAAAGCUUGAAGACAAAAUGAAGGGUACCGUUGUUGAGGGAACUAUUCAGCAAUUGUUUGAAGGGCAUCACAUGAACUAUAUCGAAUGCGUAAAUGUGGAUUACAAAUCUACAAGAAAGGAAUCCUUUUACGAUCUUCAGCUUGAUGUUAAGGGUUGUCGUGAUGUUUAUGCGUCUUUUGAUAAAUAUGUGGAAGUUGAACGGUUGGAGGGUGACAACAAGUAUCAUGCUGAACAGUAUGGUUUACAGGAUGCUAGGAAGGGUGUCUUAUUUAUUGAUUUUCCUCCAGUUCUUCAACUGCAGCUCAAACGAUUUGAAUAUGAUUUUAUGCGUGAUACCAUGGUGAAGAUAAACGACCGUUAUGAAUUUCCUCUUCAACUUGAUCUUGAUCGUGAUAAUGGGAAAUAUUUAUCUCCUGAUGCUGACAGAAGUGUCCGUAAUCUUUACACGCUCCACAGUGUUUUGGUUCAUAGUGGUGGGGUGCAUGGUGGACAUUAUUAUGCCUUUAUACGACCAACACUUUCCGAUCAAUGGUACAAAUUUGAUGAUGAACGGGUUACUAAGGAAGAUGUGAAGAGAGCACUGGAGGAGCAGUAUGGUGGUGAAGAAGAGUUACCACAGACAAAUCCUGGUUUCAAUAAUACUCCUUUCAAAUUCACGAAAUAUUCAAAUGCGUAUAUGCUUGUUUACAUACGGGAAAGUGACAAGGAUAAAAUUAUGUGUAAUGUGGAUGAGAAGGACAUUGCAGAGCAUCUUAGGGAACGUUUGAAGAGAGAACAAGAAGAGAAAGAGCAUAAGAAGAAGGAAAAGGCAGAGGCACACUUAUAUACCAUUAUAAAGGUUGCACGAGAUGACGACUUGAUGGAACAGAUAGGAAAAGAUAUCUAUUUUGAUCUCGUAGACCAUGAUAAAGUGAAAUCUUUUCGGAUUCAGAAGCAGAUGCCAUUUAAUCUUUUCAAGGAGGAGGUUGCCAAAGAUUUUGGCAUCCCAGUACAAUUUCAGCGAUUUUGGCUGUGGGCGAAGCGCCAAAACCAUACAUAUCGACCUAAUCGGCCACUAACACCUCUGGAAGAAACCCAAUCUGUUGGACAGCUAAGGGAAGUUUCCAAUAAAGUUCAUAACGCAGAACUUAAGUUAUUCUUAGAAGUAGAGCUUGGAAUAGAUUUACGACCUAUUCCACCUCCAGAUAAGACAAAGGAUGAGAUUCUGUUAUUUUUCAAGCAUUAUGAUCCUGAGAAAGAAGAGCUGCGUUAUGUGGGAAGGCUUUUUGUUAAGGCCAAUGGUAAACCUGGGGAUAUUGUAGGAAAGUUAAAGGAAUUGUCUGGCUAUGCUGCUGAGGAUGAAAUUGAGUUAUAUGAGGAAAUCAAGUUUGAACCAACAGUUAUGUGUGAACAUAUUGAUCGAAAACUCACAUUUCGGGGUAGUCAGCUUGAAGAUGGGGAUAUAGUGUGUUUCCAAAAAGCCCUUCCAGCUGAAAUUGCAGAAAAAUGCCGUUAUCCAGAUGUUCCUUCAUUCUUGGACUAUGUGCACAAUCGGCAAGUUGUUCAUUUCAGAUCAUUGGAGAGACCCAAGGAAGAUGAUUUUUGCCUAGAGUUGUCAAGACUUCAUACUUAUGAUGAUGUGGUGGAAAGAGUGGCACGCCAACUUGGUUUGGAGGAUCCAUCAAAAAUCAGGCUUACUUCUCACAAUUGCUAUUCUCAGCAGCCGAAGCCCCAGCCUAUUAAGUACCGCGGUGUGGAUCAUUUGUCGGACAUGCUGGUCCACUAUAACCAAACUUCUGACAUACUAUACUAUGAAGUUCUGGACAUACCAUUGCCAGAAUUGCAAGGUUUGAAAACAUUGAAAGUUGCUUUCCACCAUGCGACAAAAGAUGAAGUGACCAUUCACACUAUUAGACUGCCUAAACAGAGUACAGUUGGGGAUGUUCUUAAUGAUCUGAAGACAAAGGUCGAAUUGUCACAUCCUGAUGCUGAGCUGAGGCUUCUUGAAGUGUUUUAUCACAAGAUCUAUAAGAUAUUUCCUCCAAGUGAAAAGAUUGAGAACAUUAAUGACCAGUACUGGACAUUACGCGCAGAAGAGAUUCCUGAGGAAGAGAAGAACCUGGGUCCUCAUGAUCGACUUAUUCAUGUGUACCAUUUCACAAAGGAGACGGCUCAGAACCAAAUGCAAAUACAAAACUUUGGCGAGCCGUUUUUUUUGGUGAUCCAUGAAGGAGAAACCUUAUCUGACGUCAAGGUGAGAGUACAAAAGAAAUUGCAGGUUCCAGAUGAAGAGUUUUCCAAGUGGAAAUUUGCAUUCCUUUCCUUAGGUCGUCCAGAAUACCUCCAGGACACUGAUGUUGUUUCUAGUCGUUUUCAGAGAAGAGAUGUUUAUGGUGCUUGGGAACAGUACCUUGGGUUAGAACAUGCUGACACAGCUCCUAAAAGGACUUACACGGCAAAUCAGAAUCGUCAUACAUAUGAGAAGCCUGUAAAAAUCUACAAUUAGAGUGAUUUGGAGAUGAGUUUUCUUUGCAUGGGUUCAUUCUGGCAACCUUGAGGGGCCCUAAUGCCAUCUGUAAGUUGCAGUUCAUUGGUCUGAGGGGAAGCCACCUCUCAGUAUAUCAAACGCCUCGGUCAGUAUUACAGAUGCCUCGGUCAGCGUCAUCCGUGGAUGGUGUCGGUGAAGGGUUAUGGUGGAUUUUGUUAGCUGUAUAAUUCUUUCUUGUAGUGUUUGUGGAGGAUCGUUUUCUGAUGCGGUAUUUGAUUUUUCUUGUCGGCCACAACUUCGCAACCCUCGUCAGGCUUUCACGUCUUCCGUUUUUCUCUUAUGGAGUUGGUUUCUUCUAAUGGCUGUAUGUGUUCUUCAGUACCCAGCCUUAGUUGUAAGUUUAAAAAGCAGUACAUAAAUGAGAUUUUGGCUUUAGGGAUGUAUACACAGUAUAGUUGGGGUGCCCACCAUUUUUUUUUCCGUUUGCUCACCUCUUGUUUAUUUAGGCAUGUCUAGUUUUAUGGGGGAGUUUGUGGACUGGUAAUUUUAUCUUUUGAUUGUUAUUAAGCUCCCCCGCUUUCUUUCUUUCUUUCUGCUCUCUGUAAAAGAAGUUUGUCAGGUACAGCCUCGACGAGUCAUAAUGAGUAAAGAUUUUACAGUUUC